AAAACACCCACAAAAAGUAAGAAGUGACUGUUGUCAAGCAUAUAAUAGAGAUCCACAUACUAUUUAUAUCCACACGCACAUGUUCAAGCAGAGACAAAGAUAUAGAAAACAUAAACAUAGAAGAGCAAAUUAAGCAACAGUCUUACACAGACAGAAGUUGUAGAAUUGAUUUGUGAGUGAAAAACUAUUUAAGACUGAACAAGUAUGCUUGAUUGGGGAGUUCAAGGUCAUCAUCAAAAGCAUGAUCAUGAUAUUUAUCAACAACAACAUCAACAACAAGGAUGUAGGAAGGGACCAUGGACACUUGAAGAAGACAAGCUUCUCGCAGAGUAUGUUACUUCGCAUGGUGAAGGAAGAUGGAGCACUGUAGCUAAGUGUGCAGGGUUGAAUAGAAGUGGUAAAAGCUGUAGACUAAGGUGGGUGAACUACUUGAGGCCAGGGCUUAAGAGAGGACAAAUCACUCCUCAAGAAGAAGGAAUCAUCCUUGAACUUCAUUCCCUUUGGGGUAACAAGUGGUCUACAAUCGCAAGAUAUUUACCAGGACGAACCGAUAAUGAAAUAAAAAACUACUGGAGAACACAUUACAAGAAAAACCAAAAAUCUUCUUCGAAGCAAGACAAAGUAAAAAAAUCUCUAUCCCGGAAACAACAACAAGUGGAUCUUAAACCACAACCACAAGCACAAUCUGAGAAUCAUCAGUCUCAGCUAGUGUCCCAAGAUCACAUGAAUAUCGACAACGAUCAUAACAUAGCUUCAUCCUUGUAUUACCCGACAAGUGUCUUCGAUGACAAAUUAUAUAUGCCUCAAAGUGUAGCAACAACCUCAUCCGACCACUCUAUGAUCGAUGAAGGUCACUUGUGGGGCAGCUUGUGGAAUCUAGACGAGGAUGAUCCGCAUAGCUUUGGUGGUGGCUCAGGACAGGGAACAGCUGCGGAUAUUGAUGAGAAGUUUCCAGACAGCGGAAUUGAGGCCCCGUCGUGUGGCUCAGGGGAUUAUAGUUAUACUGGAGUUUACAUGGGAGGCUAUAUUUUUUGAUUAGUAUGCUCGAAGAUAUCAAGAAGUUGUGUCUUCGUAGGUUGAGAAAAAAAUUAAAACACCUCAUUGUGUAAUUUAUAACUUUAGUAGUGAUCUAAAACUAGAGUGGAGUGAGGCUAAUAAGAUGGUUUGGAAUAUAUAUGUCUAUUCUACCAUUGUUUGUAUAAGUUUUAUGGAAUAAAUAGUUUC